GAAGGCGAAAGGGCGCCGAGCUGAAGGUGACGCAUCAACAGAAGAAAGCUGCCGUUCCGUUUUUCACCUGUCCGUGUGCGGAACACAGUGGAGAAGAGAGGGACUCAUAAAACACGCGCCAGCACUUGCGUUCAUCAAGCAUUCUACUGGUUGUUCAUGCGCUCGUGGAAGCACGGGAGCGAAUCUGCCCAGCUAAUUCUAAUAAAACUACGAGAGUCUUUGCCAUGGAAUAAAUAUCUACAAUUUUACAAGUUGUCUGCGGGUGUAACCGCAUUCAAAGUGGGUGUGCACUGUGCUCACAGUUACUCGGGCACACUCGAUACUUCCCUCGAGUCAUGUCUUACCCAGAGAAAUGGGCAAGUUCGACGACAACGAGAGGAUAAUCCUCAACGUUGGGGGAACCAGACACGAAACCUAUCGCACCACGCUCAAGACUUUACCGGGGACACGUCUUGCUCUCCUUGCCUCUGAUUCUGAUAUUGAGUGUGUUUUGGAUCAGCUGCAACAAGUCUCCGGAUUCAUCGAGUACAACGCGCGUAACAACGAAUAUUUUUUCGAUCGCCACCCAGGAGUUUUUGCCUAUGUUCUCAACUACUACCGGACCGGAAAACUUCACUGUCCGGCGGAUGUCUGUGGCCCACUGUUCGAGGAAGAGCUAUCCUUCUGGGGUAUCGAUGAGACGGACGUGGAGCCAUGCUGCUGGAUGACCUACAGACAGCACAGAGACGCCGAAGAAGCCCUGGAUGUGUUUGAGAUGAACGUGGACAAUGAUGAGGACGAUGAGAUCGGUAAAAGACUCGGGAUCGAAGAUAUGGUGUCCGCAGACACCAGCAUCAGCCGCUGGAAAAAGUGGCAGCCGGUGAUCUGGAAUUUGUUUGAGGAUCCGUACUCCUCUCGAGCUGCUCGGUUUGUGGCUUUUGCUUCAUUGUUCUUCAUCAUGGUCUCCAUCACCACCUUCUGCCUGGAGACCCACGAGGCCUUCAACACCAUCAUCAACAAAACAGACACAUUACGGAAUGACAGCCUAACAGAGUUGGCCCCACAGUACGAGAUAGAGACAGACCCUGCCCUCACCUACGUGGAGGGUGUCUGUGUUCUUUGGUUCACUUUUGAGUUCCUUGUUAGAGUGACCUUUAGUCCUGAUAAGUUGGAGUUUGUUAAAAGUGUCCUAAACAUCAUCGACUUUGUAGCCAUCCUGCCCUUCUACCUGGAAGUAGGUUUGAGCGGCCUCUCAUCCAAAGCAGCAAAGGAUGUGUUAGGGUUCCUGAGGGUAGUGCGGUUUGUGCGGAUCCUCCGAAUAUUUAAGCUGACUCGUCACUUUGUUGGACUGAGGGUUCUGGGGCAUACCCUACGGGCCAGUGUCAAUGAGUUUUUCCUCCUCAUCAUUUUCCUUGCCCUAGGAGUCCUCAUCUUUGCCACAAUGAUCUACUAUGCUGAGCGGAUUGGCGCUAACCCCAACGAUCCAACGGCCAGCGACCACACCAUGUUCAAGAACAUUCCCAUUGGGUUUUGGUGGGCAGUGGUCACCAUGACAACAUUAGGCUAUGGGGACAUGUACCCACAGACGUGGUCAGGCAUGUUGGUUGGGGCAUUGUGUGCCCUGGCAGGCGUACUCACAAUAGCUAUGCCUGUACCUGUCAUUGUCAAUAACUUUGGCAUGUAUUACUCUCUGGCCAUGGCCAAGCAGAAGCUGCCCAAGAAGCGGAAGAAGCACAUCCCACAGGCAGUGCAGACUGGCUCACCAUCCUAUUGCAGGACUGACCUGAGCACAACCUGCAACAGCACCCAGGGCAAUCUGUGUCUGGGUCAGAACCGGGGCCUGGAGCACCAUAAAUCAGUGUUAUCUACAGACUGCAGUGCCGGAAGUGACCUCACACUGUCCCCAAAGGAGCGGGUGCCUAUGCAGUACAUGAGUGGGCGGGAGCAUGACGGACACAGUGGAGGGACCUGCUUCCUCCUGGCUGCCAGUGAUUACACCUGCACUACAGAGACGGCCCUCUGUAAAACAGCUACCAUGAAACCUCUGACUGAGAUACAGCUAAUAACUGCCAGAAGUGGGGAAAGAGGGGCCAGCACAGAUUCAGAUGGAUUUGACGACUUGGACUGGACAGUGUGGAACAGAAUAACCCUGUGAUUGGACAGUCUGGAAUAGAAUAACCCUGUGAUUGGACAGUUUCAACAUUAAACACUCUGACUGGAUGGUCUGCAUUGAAAUGUUUGCAGGAUUUAACAGUUCUGGGCUGUGGGAAUUUCACUUUGUUGCAGAAACUGAAGCCAGCUGGGGGAAAAAAAGAAAAGCUAGUGAACUCUUAAUUCACUCUUCUUCUUCUUCUUCUGAAGCCAGAUAUUUGUUAAAUCAUUGCAUUUAUACAGAGGAACACACUCACAUUCUCCUACCCCAGGCCCUACUAACUACUGUCCCACUCUAGUUGUGUGCUUUGUCUCUGUGCCCACAGAAGGUAGCACGUUCACAAGUCCCCCACACACACCACCUUCAACACCACCCUCACCGUGGCCUCCAUCUUUGCAAUAAGCAUAUCAAGAUGUGUAGAAGCACCAUGUGUUUGAAAAUGGAGUAUUAGUGUAUGAAUUACUCAUAUUUAAGAGUAGAAACAGAGUAAGACUAAAAUGCUGAUUAAUAAAUGUGACUUUGUCAUUAAUGCUUUUAAUCUUUUGUAGUAUUUAUGGUGGAUUUGUUGUUAUGUGCGUGUAGCGAAUGUGUGUGUUUGUGUGCGUGUGUGUGUGUAUGUGCGCAUUCGUGUAUGGGGUGAUGAGAUUAAUUUGAACACUUGAACCUCCUCUCAUGCCAUUUCCUAGAAAAUCUUCAAGUGCAAAAGUCCGAUGUGAUGUGCAAUAACAUAAAGAGAAACAGCACCGACUCACACUGUGAUUUCAGUUCUGUAUGGCACAUGCAGGCACAGCACUGCUGAAAAAACACACUGCUGAAGCACCAUGCUGCAGGCAUUGACACUCGAAUUAAGAUCUUCAUUUAGAUUUAACCAUGAAGAGAUUAAAGAUGUCACAUAUGCGUGCAUGCGUAUGUGUGUGCAAAUGUGUCGACAUAUGUGCGUAUGUGUUUCUUUCCAACUACUGAAACUGAGGAUGAUUACCUGUGCUGUGUUAUCUGCUGCUUUAAGAAGUCAGGGCACCAUUUUGAUUUAUGACAAAAAUGUAAAAGCAUUUAUUUUUUAAUCUAGAACCUGUAGUUUUGUGUUUCUUGUAGAUUAUAUAGUCAUGAUACUGUAAUUGUGUGCUGUAUGUCCACUCUGUAUAGAGUGUGAAAUUGAUGUAUAUUUUUCAUAUUUUCAAUCUGUAUUGUAGAAAGAUUUGUUAACGUUUUGUAGUGCAUGCUGACCCACAGUCAACCUGUAAAGAAAAACUCGACCUGAAUAAUGUGCAUAGUUCAAUGCAGUGUGAGAUAGUCACAUAAACACUUUAUCUUGAUAACA